AGCAAAUAGAAAUGCUAGUAUAAACCCCACUAACAUCGUCACCUAUGCUCCUGCUCCUGCUCCACCUAAGCUAAGCUCCUCCAUCCUGCCCCGCCUCCCCUUGACUGUGGCCCAUGCUGUGCCUCAAGAACUCCACGCCCUGAGCCUCAACGCUAUCGCCCGUCCUUUUCGCCUUAUACCUAUCCACGGCGCAUUCAAUCUCAUUACACAAUGUCGGAUCUAGAGACUGUUUCUGCCUUUGUCGAGGGGGCUCCUCCAGGGGAGCUCGCAGAUGUUAUCGCAGACAUCAAGUCCCUCACCCUCGAAACCUCACCCGAUAUCAUCUCCAACCUCGGUCCCGCAUUCGAAAAGUACAAUGAGGAGCAGCUUGUUACGGUGAAGCUGCCUGGUAGCAGCCAACCAGUCAUUAUUAGCUCUCACAACUCGCUCGGAGACGGCCGAUAUUACGAUGUUGAGAGCUCUUCCAGCUUUGCUUUCGACCACACUACGCAGAAAGCUAGUGCCGUGCAAAGCCAUGUCCUGGAAGGAGCUCAAGCGGAUCUUGUCAAAUCCACCCUCAAGAGUAUCGGACCUUACGUUGACGAGCACUUCGCCAAUGCUGCACACGGUGUCUACCCAAUCGAGUCGGACUCCAAGGUUGCCAUCGUUAUUGUUGGCAACAAAUAUAGCCCUAACAACUUCUGGAACGGACGCUGGCGAUCGCUCUACAUCCUUGACCCAUCUUCCGGAGCUCUUGAGGGCUCCCUGAAAGUCGAUGUGCACUACUACGAAGACGGCAACGUUCGCCUACUCACCAAUAAACCCGUCUCUAGCACCAUCUCGUCUGUCAACGGCGCCAGCAUCGUCAGAGAGAUCUCCACCACGGAGAGAAAGUACCAGGAGGAGCUAAACAAGGGGUUCGUGAGCCUGAGCGAGGGAGCUUUCAAGGGUUUGCGACGACAGCUCCCUGUGACGAGACAGAAGAUCGAGUGGGACCGCGUGACGAGCUACAGACUGGGCCAAGAUAUUGGUGGUGGAAGCUCAAGGCGAUAGAGCAUGGUUAUUGGUAGCGCGCGAAUUUGAACGAUAGACUGAACGAGGAACAACGUAGAAUAAAUGCCAAGUAUCGAUGUUCUAGCUUUGAAGUGGUGCUGGCCUUCCCCUGGUUAGUGAAUUAAGAAUGCGAGCAUCGAUAGCAAACACUAUGGGUUUGGAGGUGAUUAUCUUGAUAAUCAAACUGUAUUAUCGAGAUCUUUAGCAAAUGCAUAUAACUGAUCCACGAACCGCUAGAUUAGGCAUUUGGCAUGGAACGUUUUGGAGGCUUCUAGUCUCAUGCACAAUGUGUAGCUCACAAACCGAGUUUGUGUG